UCAUUAUAAUGAAUUUUGCAUUGAUUUCCUACGGAAUACUUUUGUAUUUCUUGUGUUUUAGUGCUAGAAACGAUGCCAUUCGCAAUUGGGAUCACGAAUUUUUGUACAUCGAAUCAACGAGCUCAAAUGAGGAGCUAGUCAAUGCCAGCAUAAAACUAGAACACACAGAAAUUGGUAAGAAUUCAGUGUCAGGUUUCAUCGAUUGGAAAUUCGAUGCUGAUGAACAUACUAUGUGUCAACUGCGAUUUCUUUGGAGUCAGAGCGGCAGAGAUAAUGACUAUAAGGACACCAUUCAUCAAGUACCGAUGAUGACUUUUUAUGAAUUUCUUGAUAAAUAUUACAUGAAAAUUGUCUAUGCGGAUUGGGGCAGUUGCACAAACUUGCCAGACAUCGGGAGCAAAUUUGUGCCACCCUGGAACAAAACUACAUACAUAUUUUCUAAAUGUGAUCCACCGGGCGUGAACUUUCCAGAUAUAUUACCCAGAGGCUAUCAUAAAUUGGUGUGCAAAAUAAUUGGGCAAGCUGAACUUGUUAUUGAGACUAUUCUAAAAUUGACACCCCGAAAAAAUAUGCUUGUUUAA